AAUUUUGAUAUAUUCACAUGUAGAAAGAGGAAAACUAAGUUACCGUUGUUAGUUUUAUCUCGGAAAUUGCUUUCAAUACCUAGUUGAGACUUAAUUUUCACUUUCAUUAUUGUUCGAAUUUUGAAUUUGGGCAUUCGCCCGGAUGGAUCUGUAACUGGACUUGGUUUCGCUGGACGUUCUCGUGAAGGGUUUAAGUAAGACGAGUGACAGUUACAUCUAGGGUUUGGGGCAGUGGCUGCUGGCUCUGGAAACUGGAAUCUCGAAGACAGUUAGUUGUCUUUCUGCAGCGGAAUCGACUAGGAUCUUCUUUGUCCUUAAGAUCUAUAGGUGCUGGGUGUGGUCCGCGGAUUAGUGCUGUCUGUCUGGAAUUGUUCACGUGCAUUACUUAUAGUUUAGAAAUCGAGGAAGAAGCCUUCUGUGUCGUUAGUGGGUUCCAGACAGCAGCAUCGUAUUCCUUCUGCCACUUCCAUAGCGGAUAGUGUAGUUGGAUUUAUGAGGGCGUGUGUUUUGAAGAGCCCAUCAGGUGGAUUUUCUUGGUCCUUACCGAGAAGGGAUUUGAAGCGGUUAGAACAGGGUCAAGGCAGAGUCGCCUUGCUGAGUGGGCGGAGCGCUGCAUCGCAGCGUGCAUUGAGCGUGAGCUGUAGCUUUUAUUUCGACAUGGAGGAAAGCGGGUUAGACACUGAGGGUAAGGUUUAUGCCAACCGGAAGCAGAUGUGGGAGGAGGAGGCUGGAGAAGAUGCAGCUGGAAACCCUAAAAAUGCACACAAGAAACAGGAAUGGUAUCACAAAGGUGUGAGCUACUGGGAGGGUGUGGAGGCCUCGGUGGAUGGAGUAUUGGGUGGUUACGGGAAUGUCAACGACCGCGACGUUAUGGACAGCAAAGCCUUUCUUGCUGAGAUCUUCAAGGAAUGUCCACCGAGCAGCAGCUCUAAUUUAGUAGCGUUAGAUUGUGGUGCUGGCGGGAGGGUUACGAAGAACUUCCUUAUUCAUCAUUUCCAAGAGGUGGACCUUGUUGAGCCUGUCCGCCAUUUUCUGGAAAAGGCUCGAGCGGACCUUGGCGGAAGGACAGAGGGAAACAGAGCUGUAAAGUUCUUCUGCGUCCCCUUGCAGGAAUUCACCCCUGAAGCAGGGCGCUACGAUGUCAUUUGGGUGCAAUGGUGCAUUGGUCAUUUGACGGAUCAUGAUUUCGUUGAGUUUUUUAAACGUGCCCAAGCUGGACUAAAGCCAGGAGGGUUUUUUGUACUAAAAGAGAACAUCGCAAAGAAUGGGUUCGUUGUAGAUAAGGAAGAUACUAGCGUCACACGAUCGGAUGCUUACUUCCGAGACCUGCUCAAGCAAACUGGGUUGUACCUCUACAAAACGAAAUUACAGAAGGGAUUCCCUAAAGAUUUGUUCGCAGUCCGCAUGUAUGCAGUGACACCAGAACCUAGAAUUCCCACUCCAGCAGCUGCGGAAAGCAAAGCUUUACCAGUGAGACCCAAGCGUCGAAUCAAUCAGCCUCGUAAGAUACUGUAGGGCUAUCCAUGUCCAAAUUGACAUGUCCAAAUUGUACCCAAACGUAUCGUUACUUUGGUUGUAGUAUGUGAGCUCAUCAAAUUUGAAAAGCUCAAAAUGCAUAUAGGCUCAGCUUGGCACGUAGAGCUUUCUGUCUGAAGAAAGUACGAGGGCGAUUCCUGUCAGCCUGGAUGCUCGGCAAGCAUCAUAACCAUUGCGUAGCCAAAUAUUUUUGCGACUGUCUCUUGACCGGUGCAUCCCUUCAAUUACUCCCUGCUCUUUGUAUCAGUUACAGCUUGCCUCCAUAUUGGGUCUUGUUCAAUCCACCGCCAUGUGGACGCUGAUCAUAAGCAGCAUGACGUUUGUCUUCCUGUAUCAUCUUCUGGCGAUGUUUUUAAGUUGUCAGAGCCUCAGUUUGCCGAAGCACCUCUUGAGCUGAACUCGGGGUAGUCGUGCCGAAAUCCGUCAAGCUUAUGAAACCACUAUGGAUGAACUUUUCUCACGAAGGAAAACCCACUUCUCACCCAGAUCAUAAAAUUAAUGAAACUAGAGAAAAUUGUACGAAGGUGAGAGUUUUCUAUAAACUGUAUCUGAAUACUAUUCAAUGGACAAGUAUUUUUGACCCAA